GCGUAUAUUAAUUAAUAAAUUUUUUUGCUGUAAUGCAUGAAGUGCAUAAAUUUUUUAAAUAUCUGAUAAAUUUUUCAUAUCUUUGCAACUUAAUCUGCUCUUGUCUCCAGCCAUGAAAAUGAUGAAAGCAUUCAAGAAGCUGUGGCCAAAAAAGAAGAAAAAGAAGAAGCAUCAAGAACACCACUGCGUUGCUCCGUCACCAUGUUACGGUUGCUGCUGCCCUUACUCGAAUCCAGUUCAGCCGUCAGCUCCGCCACUUCCGCCGUGGGUAGGGCAAGAGCAGUCCCAAGAUACGAUUACUGCUGCUGAACUGGAGUACCAGUACCAGCAAUAUGCAGAUGCAAAUGCAGUUUAUGGUGUGCCUCUUCUGCAGUCUCACAAAAAAGAAAGGCCAGCUCAGUUCAUUGGAUAUGUCACUAGCUUUGGUGCCAAUCUAAUUAAUUGCUUCACUCCUUGUUUUGGUAUUCGAGAAGUUCAAUACUGAUAAUUCCAGAAAUUCUAAAGAAAUUUUAUAUUAUAACUGUUUUGUAUUAUAAAUAUUAAUUAUAGUAAAUUUUAUAUAGAUUUUACCAGUGCAA